UGUCUAUAAAAAGCAAACCAACUCCUUUACCUUCCCGCUGAAUAAACCACCCCAUCUCUCAAGAGCCACCAAAAAUUUCCUCUCAUCUUCAUCCAAGAAAAUCAAUGGAGUUCUCAACAUUCAAUCCCUCUUCCUUUCCAUCUCUCUUCACCUCUCCUCUUCUCUUUCCCCACCACUUCAUCCCUGAAAACUACGUGCACUGGACCGAAACCCCCGAGUCUCACAUUUACUCAGCUGACCUCCCCGGUGUUAAGAAAGAAGAGAUUAGAGUGGAAGUUGAGGACUCUAGGUACCUGAUAAUCCGAACCGAGGCAACCAAUGAAUCGACUACAGAGUCUGCUAGGAGCUUCAGGAGGAAACUCCGGCUUCCGGGUAUGGUGGACGUUAAUGGUAUCUCUGCAGGGCAUGAAAAUGGAGUGUUGACAAUUACAGUACCAAGGUGUUUUGUGAGGAGGGGAUUCUAUAUUGAUCCAGCAGACUUGCCUCAAAAGCUAGGAGUUCUUGCAAGGGCUGCCUGAAUUAAAGAACAUCUGGUAGGAACUAGGUAGAAGCAAUUCUGUAAUGUUUGGAUUGAUUAGAAGUAAUAGGCAUUGAUUUGGUGGGGGUGUUGUAGAAUAUUUGAAGAUUGUACUCCAUAGAAAUUUAUUUACAAAAUUCUGAAAACAGUAUGAAGUUUAAGAUUUGAUUUGGUGGGGGAUAAGUCAUUAGAUGCAUCCUAUCGUCAGAAUCUGUUUGGGAACUGAAAAAAACUUGUUGAAGGCUUCGUGUACACGAAUAUGGUGCUAAUCGAUUUAGCUUAAUCUCUUUUUCUGUUCGAUCAAAGACAUGUUAUUAAUAUUGAGAUUAUAGUA